AUGACGCAGCGACCGUUCAAUCUAUUCAACCAGGAUCUUCUCCAUGAAGCAUCAUACGUCCACGGUGAAUGGGUUCAAGCAGCGUCUGGCAAAACCUUUGUCAUCGCUGAUCCCGGCAGCGGCAUUGUUUGGGCUACUUGUCCUGAUAAUGCUGCUGAAGAUGUCAACAACGCAGUCCAAUCUUCUUACAGGGGAUUUCUUGAGUACAGAGGGUUCACUGCACGUAAAAGAGCCCAGCUGCUACUAGAAUGGCACCGCUUGAUUGCCGACGCUAAAGAAGACCUUGCAAAGCUUCUUACCUACGAAACUGGAAAGCCUCUUGCUGAAGCACGUGGAGAAAUCGACUAUUCUCUAGGGUUCGCUUGGUGGUUUGCUGGCGAAGCUGAACGAAUCCAAGGCACAAUUGGGGCGUCCAGCAAUGCAGAAAGAAGAGUGCUUACGAUCAAGCAACCCAUUGGUGUGACUGUUGCUCUAGUCCCAUGGAACUUCCCUAUUGCCAUGAUUAUGAGAAAGGCCAGCGCAGCCUUUGCUGCCGGCUGCUCUAUGAUUGUCAAACCGUCACCCGAAACGCCUCUGUCUUGCUUGGCCCUAGCGGAUCUAGCCACCAGAGCUGGAUUCCCAGCAGGCACAUUCAACGUCCUAACGACCUCUUUGGAAAAUACCCCUGGUCUUUCCGAGGCUUUAUGUACUCAUCCUUUAGUCGCCAAGGUAACCUUCACCGGCAGCACUAGGGUGGGCAAGAUUGUUGCUGGUCUUUGUGCUCAGGGCCUUAAAAAGUGCACACUGGAGCUUGGUGGAAACUGUCCUGUUAUUGUCUUUGAUGAUGCUGACAUUGACCAAGCCAUCGACCAGAUCAUGACAUUGAAGUGGAGGAAUGCGGGCCAAGCAUGUAUUACGGCAAACCGAGUAUAUGUUCAAGCCGGCGUCUACGAGAAAUUUGCCGCUGCCUUCUCUGGGAAGACCAGCAAGUUCAAAACAGGUCACGGCGCUGAUCCCGCCAAUAACUUCGGAGCCGUCACUACGCUUGUCGGUCUUCAAAAGGCUGAAGCACAGGUCAAGAAUGCUCUUGAAAACGGAGCUAAGCUCAGAACUGGAUCAGGAAAACCACUUGUGUUAUCUUCCUCGGGAGAGAGCAGCCAGUUCAUGGAGCCAGUUGUUCUUACUGGAAUGACACAGGACAUGCAGAUGGCCAAAGAAGAGACAUUUGGUCCAGUUUGUGGCCUUUUCAAGUUCGAAACAGAAGAACAGGUUGUCAAGUGGGCCAAUGACACCAGCCUUGGUCUUGCAAGCUAUGUGUUUACCAAAAGCUCGGACCGUUUGUGGAGGUUGUUUGAGGAUCUAGAGGCAGGCAUGAUCGGCUUAAAUACAGGAAAUGGCUCUGCCGCGGAGAGUCCCUUUGGAGGUAUCAAGCAGUCCGGUUACGGAAAGGAAAGUGGCAAAGAUGUUGCUGUAGCAGAAUAUCUUGUCGAGAAAACUGGGACUUUGACAGUCAUGUGA